GACAGACACACAACGAGGAUUCUCCUUUGUCUGUUACUGCUGAUUCAGUAACACACUUAAAGCUUGCCAUAGUUGCAGUUAAUUACAAUUCUAAAAUGCAUUUUAAUGGAUGUAUCUAGCUUGCCUUAUUACAAAAUAGUUUAGAUGUUGUCAUUUGGUCUUACUUUUGCAUGUUAAGAGGUUGAUUUCAGUUGUAUGUUGCAGCUGCACUUUAAUUCUUGUUUUGGAAGGAAUGACGUAUGCACAGCUUGUGUCUGGACAGCAGUCUCUGCUUAUUACUUUUCGAGGUUUGAAUAUUUGCUAACUUCUACAUAGGAUCUUUCCUUGCUCUAUUUCUUUGCCUUGUUUUUGCAAUUGCUUAUAUUUUGCAAAUAAACUACAACAUAAUACUUUCAAGCUAACAUUUACAAAACAGUAUUUUCCAAAAAGCACUUUCUCCUGUUUUAAAAGGCACAGUUAUCUUGUUUUAGUGCAUAUUUUGUUAUUUCCGGAACUCAAGCAAAUGCUUGUUUUCUGAACAUUUUCUAAGGUAUUUAGUCCAUACACUGUUAUUUUUACACUGUUCUGGACAUUUGUCUUUUAUUUUUAAAGGUACAGUUACCUACACAUAGUGCAUAGUAUUAGUGUUUGUGUUAUUUUGGUCUGGCAAUAUUUAUGAAGGCAGUUCUGCUUUUACAUUUGCACUGAGUUAAUGCUAUAUUGUUAACACUUUUGAGAUCAGUGAAAAUGGAACCUUUAUUGUUUACCAUGUGCCUGCUGUUUACUUUCAACAUGUUAAAAGCUGAGCCCAAGUGCCCAGCUCGGUGUGAUGUUUCCAGGUGCCUUAGUCCCAGCUGCCCAAGUGGCUAUGUCCCUGACCACUGUAAUUGCUGCCUGAUAUGCGCUGCUGGAGAAGGUGAGCCUUGUGGGAAAAAGGAAGGUCCACCAUGUGGUGAUGGUCUGGAAUGCAAGCAUCCUGCUGGCAAACGACUUGCCAAGGGCAUCUGCCAGUGUAAACAAAGGUACCAGGUGUGUGGAAGUGAUUCUGUAACCUAUGAAAAUGUGUGCCAGUUAAAAGCAGCAAGUCGGAAGGCUGUUCAGCAAGGCCUAUCUUCUAUUACCCAAGUCCAAAGGGAUGCCUGUGAAUCAGGUCACCUACAGCCCAACAGCCCAAGGUAUAAGUUUAACUUCAUAGCUGAUGUUGUGGAGAAGAUUGCACCCGCAGUUGUCCAUAUUGAACUCUUUCUGAGGCAUCCUAUUUUUGGUCGCAAUUCCCCAUUGUCUAGUGGAUCUGGAUUCAUAAUAUCUGAUUCUGGUCUUAUUGUAUCCAAUGCCCAUGUGGUGUCCAGCAGUAAUACACUAUCAGGGAGACAGCAGUUGAAGGUACAGCUUCACAAUGGAGACAGCUAUGACGCAACAAUCAAAGAUAUUGACAAGAAAUCAGACAUUGCAACAAUAAAGAUUAAUCCCAGGAAAAAGCUACCAGUGCUACUCCUGGGACAGUCUACUGACCUAAGACCUGGAGAAUUUGUUGUCGCUAUAGGGAGCCCUUUUGCACUGCAAAACACAGUUACAACUGGUAUAGUGAGCACCGCUCAAAGAGAUGGAAAAGAACUUGGAUUAAGAGAUUCUGAUAUGGAUUAUAUUCAAACAGAUGCCAUCAUUAACUAUGGAAAUUCAGGGGGUCCAUUAGUCAACCUGGAUGGUGAAGUUAUUGGAAUAAACACACUGAAAGUUACUGCUGGAAUUUCUUUCGCCAUUCCUUCAGAUCGUAUUAAAAGAUUCCUUACUGAAUCACAUGACAAGAACAGCAAAGAUUCAAAGAAGCGCUUUAUUGGAAUACGAAUGAUAACCAUAACCCCAGGACUGGCAGACGAACUGAAGCAUAAUAAUCCUGAUUUUCCCGAUGUUAUUAGUGGGAUUUAUGUACAUGAAGUUAUUCCAAACUCUCCAGCUGAGAGGGGUGGAAUAAAAGACGGAGACAUUAUCGUUAAAGUGAAUGGCUAUGCUUUGUCAACCACAUCUGAUCUUCAGGAAGCAGUAAUGAAUGGAUCCCCUCUCCUCCUUGAAGUUAGAAGGGGGAAUGAUGAUUUGUUAUUUAAUAUAGAACCUGACAUCAUUAAUGUAAAUUAGAAGAAAAACAAAUUGCAAAAAAUAAUCAUAUGCAGCCUAAUCAAAGAUACCUCCUACAGGAACAUAUGUAUAUGAACCUGUAAGUAGCUGAUUGCUUCACAGUAUGAACAAGUGUGGGUAUUACUGCAACCUUAAUGCUGUAAUAAACACAUGCUGGUUUGCAAGAAUAUGGAUAGCAUUAUUUAAGUAUCUCAUACUUGAAAAUAGAUUUAUGACCAUGUUUAUCUUUUAUAAGGUACAUAAAAAUGCAAUAUUGGAAUUGUUUUUAUUUAGUAACUGAUACAAAGGAUGCAGCAGAAAAGUUACUGCCAGAAUUUUGUCAUCAAAUGCAUGAUCAGUUACAAUAAACUAUAAGAAGCAGUACUGCAAAAAAAAACAAAUAGCUUUCUUAAAAAGUUAACUUUCCUUGGACUGUCUAGACCACAGGCUAUCUCGGGGAAAAAUGUAAGUUCUAAAAGCAGAUUAUGAUUUAAAGACAAAAACCACUAAGCUGCAGGGAAAAUGAAAGCACUGAUUAACUGAAGUAAUAUCCUGCAGGCAGAAUUCAAAGGAAACAUGCUAUCCAGUGUGGCACAAUGACAAAAUGUUUAGUUUUAUUAUAAGGCCAGAGAGCUACAUAUGGAGUGAAACCAUGGCAACACAAACAUUAAGAUGUCACUGGUGUGAACUAGUUAUAGGAACAGCUGUUUCUUGUUUCAUAAUCUUCCCAUAUAUCAGGCUUAGAAGAAGUAAAGCAAUGGAUGACUCAAACAUGCCUCCUCUUCUCCUAUCCGCACAGUCCCUGUCUGAUAAGCAGAAAAAGUGCAGGAUAACUAGAUGACUGCUUGCUGAAACCCAUAGCAGCACUCAGGUACUGAUGGAUAGAAAUAUCCAACAAGAAAUGGUUGGUGGGACAAGUCAUUCAUCCACCUGUACCUUCAAUUUUUAUUUCUGUAACUCCAAACGUGUGGUACUGUAGGCUAGAUAAAGAGAUGUUCUGAACUGCAACAACAUUUGUUGACAAAAUACCAUCAUGAAUAUUAGAGACAGCACUUCUGGGCAUGUGGACAUUAAAUGCUAGGUGUCCUAUAAUUCACACACAGCCUUCUAAAAACCUCAGUGAAGCAGUGUUUCCAUUACUUGUGGGUAUUCUCAUCUUACCAGUCAUGAUAAACUGAGUAGGUGGCAUUCGGCUGUGAUGUGAGUAUUAAAAUGAAAAAAAUAUCAUGUGCCUAUAGGUUUUAGUCACAGCUCACAGAAUAUCAAUCAAGGAACUUACUUCCCACAAGGCACCAAGGGAAUUCUUGUGUUUCUAGGAUUACCAGUUUACAGAACAUGAGGCUACAAAAUGACAGUUUAGAUUACACAUUUGUCACUAUUACUGACACUGUAAAUAUGAAGGGGGAGCAUUUGGCUACCACUGAUGUGACUCAUUUUUAUUAUUUAAGUCAUUAUGUUGCUAAAGGAUUUCAAGGCUGCCAUGGCUAUGUACAGCUGUGUACUUUGUGCUACAUUCUCAACUGCUUAUUCUGCAUUUAUGUAAGUGAAAAAUGAUCAUGGCAUGUUGGCAUUAUUCCCCUUUUUAUCAUUUUAUACAUGGAAUUGUGGUGUCACAUCAACAAUGACCAUCAUCUCUUGCCAUUGUUCACACAGAUGGGUGGCUAGCAUUAUUGCCAUAUUUUAUCACAGGUUGGUACUAAGCUAACUGCCCUUGUGAGCCAUUUUAAGUCCAGCCAAUUAUC